AAGAGUUGGCUCUUUCGAAGGAAGUUUUUAUUGUGUACCGUUAUAAAUUUAUGCGAAUGCAAAUGUUUCUCGUAAAUGUGUUUCGCGAAUCUCGUAAUUACGUAUACGUGAUUUGAACGAUGUGAGGUACAUGUCAUGCGGUAAAGUGUCAGAUUACGCGUGAGACAACGUGCUAGCAGGCGGAAUCGAAGCCGAGAAAGUCGGCCCCACUUUUCGGUCCUUUUCACCAGGCAAAACAAUAGACGAGAAGAAUGAUACAAAAUGUAUUUCGAAACGGUCAAAGGAUCUUUUGGAUCGGCUGUGCUUGUAUGGGUACUUAUAUUGCAUACCGAUAUUGGAAAAAGCGAGAACUUCUGACAAUAGACGAGGGUUUCGAAGAGGUGUCCAAGAUCGACGAUAGUCACGAAAAACGAGUGCUCCUUUUGGGCUUAGAAGGAUCUGGGAAAACAUCGAUUAUAAACCAAAUAUGCGUUGCGAACGGUGACGAAACUUUUUACACUGUACCUCCAAAACCAACAGAAGGUUCUUCUGUAUAUAGAAUAAAAAAUGGGAUGGUGUUUUACAAUAUUUGGGAUAUUGGAGGUUCAGAUGCCACUAGAAAAUAUUGGACUGCUUUCUUACAAGAUACAGAUCUAUUAUUGUUUGUAGUAGAUGCAUCUGAUCCAACCAAGUUGUCUUUGGCUGCUUCUAUUCUCAAACAGUUAUUAAGUGAUUCAAGAAUGGACGAUGUACCAAUUUUAAUAGUUGCUAACAAACAGGAUUGCCCUAAUACUCUGAAGCCAGAGGAAGUUAAACAAGCUUUAGAUUUAUUAAGUAUUUCUCCUCAUAAGCACAAGGUAGAAAUAAUUGGAUGCCAAACAAGACCCAUUCCUGAAAUGCCAGAAAAUACAACCGAAUGCACUUGGUAUCAUGCAUCAGUGGAUGCUGUCAGAAAAAAAAUAUUGCAUAUGGCAAAAGAUAGUAUGAGUGCCCCUUUGUUCUGUUAA